AUGACAUACUCCUCGCACACAGCAUGUGAUCUGGGCUGGUCAGGCGUGAGGCGUGUCGAGGCGGACGACCAGAGGCCGGUCAAUCCGUCAGCCGCCGCUUUAGACGCAAGUCACAGGCAAGGCAGAGCUAGAGUUCCUCCUUUCAUCGACCUAAGAAUCAUGGCCUGCAGCCAAACGGACUCAGAGCGCCACUUUGAGCUCUCAGCAUCGGGCGCGGAAGACCUGCUUCCGCCGGAACCGAUACAUAGUCCCCUGACCCUGGCCAUGACGGGAGUUCGCGACCGUCCCUGUGCUGUGACGCACGCCGACCUCCUCCCCGUGCUAUGCCGGAUGGCGCCUAAUCUCCUCACCCUGCUCGUUGAGGAGCAAUGGUACCUUUUGCCUCCGCCAAGCGGGGACGGCAUCCCGGACUUUCCCACCCUCAUAACCGACACUAAAAUCACCCGUCUACAAAUCCCCUUCUUUGAUCGCCCGGAGGAGGACGUCACCAUAGAUGACGAUUCUGCGCUGCCGCUGCUCGACGUAUUGGAGCGGUGCACCCAGCUACAACAGCUCUCCCUGACGUACACCGGCUGCGACUGGGUCGGGGACCGCCUUAUCGAAUUCUUCAUCACGCACCGGACCUUGCUAGACUUACAUUGGACGAACGAUUCGUCAGGCGUGAACUUCAAUCUCGACGUAGGCGAGGUGUUCCCCUCUGUGAAGAGGCUGGUCUUAGAGUCGCUCAAGUGGUCGGACAUGUAUCAGCUCGUCACCGAUGCCCCAAACAUCGAGACGAUAUGCUUCUUGCUCCGGCCGGACGAGGACGCCAAAACCAUCAAGCCUAUCGAAGGCAUAAAACUGACCACCCCGUUCGGCAUGAUGCCCAAAUUCGCCUCUGACAUCCGUCGCUGCCCAUAUCUUCACACCAUACAAACAAUCGAAAGGGACCCAGAGGAAAGCACCGGCCUGGAGGUCUUUGACCUCCUCGACGAGGUCGAAGCAGCGGGAACUCGGACGGGCUGGAUCCGGUCUCUUCACCGCGAGGGCGAAGAGCUGCUCCAUGUACACCUGCUCUCGGACCGCCUCGAGGUCGCCGAUGAGCCUUGUGCCACGCCGGAACCGGAUUAUAGCGAUUGGUCCUCCCUGAUCAUCCCGUACGACGCGGCGGACGGGACUCGGCGCCAAAAGGUGUUUGUCCGCCUCGCUGAGCCUAUCUGGCAGGACUAUACCGAUUUUGACGAAGCGGUCGUUCCGAUGGAGAUCAUCAGGGAGAUGCUGGAGGUGGAGGGGAUUGAUGAGAGGGAUUGGAUGGGCAGGGGACUGGAGGUUGGGGAGCUGGCGUGGCGGGUUUUGGUGGAGUGGCGGGAAAAAGUGGGGAGCGGGGAAUUGCCGCGGUCGGGAUGA